AUGGCCUCGGAGCUGGCCAUGAGCGCGGCCGAGCUGCCCAGCAGCCCGCUGGCCAUCGAGUACGUCAACGACUUCGACCUGAUGAAGUUCGAGGUGAAGAAGGAGCCGGCCGAGGCGGAGCGCUUCUGCCACCGCCUCCCGCCGCCGGGCUCGCUCUCCUCCACGCCGCUCAGCACCCCGUGCUCCUCCGUGCCCUCCUCGCCCAGCUUCUGCGACGCCAGCCCCGGCGGGCAGACGGCAGCCGGCCUGGGAGCCCCGACGGGAGGUCCCGGCGGCGGCGGCGGCGGCGGGGGCCACCCCAACGGCGGCCACCACAACCCCGCGCCCGGCAAGGCGGCGCAGCUGGAGGAUCUCUACUGGAUGUCGAGCUACCAGCACCACCUCAACCCGGAGGCGCUCAACCUGACCCCCGAGGACGCCGUCGAGGCGCUCAUCGGCGCCCCGCACCACGCCAACAACGCCAACGCCGCCGCCCACCCCCACGGGCACCCCCACGGGCACCACGGCGGCCCGGGAGGCUUCGACGGCUUCCGAGGGCAGCCCUUCCCGGGCGAGGAGCUGGCGCCGGGCUCCGCGGGGGCGCACCCGCCGCUGGGCCCCCACCACCACCAUCACCACCACCACCACCACGGGGCCGGGGGCGGCCACCACCACCACCACCACCCGGCGCACCACCACCACCACCACCUGCAGGCGCGGCUGGAGGAGCGCUUCUCCGACGAGCAGCUGGUCUCCAUGUCGGUGCGCGAGCUGAACCGGCAGCUGCGCGGCUUCAGCAAGGAGGAGGUGAUCCGCCUGAAGCAGAAGCGGCGCACGCUGAAGAACCGCGGCUACGCCCAGUCCUGCCGCUACAAGCGCGUCCAGCAGCGGCACAUCCUGGAGAACGAGAAGUGCCAGCUGCAGGGCCAGGUGGAGCAGCUGAAGCUCGACGUGGCGCGCCUGGCCAAGGAGCGCGACCUCUACAAGGAGAAGUACGAGAAGCUGGCCGGGCGCGCCUUCCCUCCCAACGGCCCCAACGGGCCCCGGGAGCCCCCGCCGCCGCCCCCGCCGGCCCCCGCCAAGCCCGCGGACUUCUUCCUGUGA